AAGUCAUCGACACUUGCACUUGCGCGUCAGUCAGAACUGCCGAGCAACCACCAUCUUCACAAUCUUUAUCGAGCAUUAUCGAUAACAUCCCGCGCGCUUCUCCCUAUCGAUUACCCUACCCUACCUUGCCUCAGCCCUGUAUCGUUUUGCAGGCAAUUGUCACCAUGGAGGAGGACGGGGCGCAACUUCUGCAGCAGACAGGACUUGAUCCUAUUUCUCGACCAGAUUCUACUUCGACUUCUGCAUCAGCUUCAUUACCACACGUAUUACCAGGCAUUUCGGCUCUUGCUGCUGCCAACGCGGCUACAGAAGCAACAUCUCAACUAAGAGCAUCGGCCGCUCCGUCGCCCGCAAUGUAUGCCACUGCAUCUCCUGCCGCUACGAGUGGGGGAUCUGGAAGUACAAUGGUAAGUCGCGACCAUAUUUCAUUAUCACAAUCUUAUCAGCACUUCCCCCGUUGCACUUUAUAUGCUGGGUCUACGGCCGACAUAUGUCAUUUCCUGCAAUCUUAUCUCUCGAGAGCAGAUGCAUCCUGUCACGUUUUUUGCGGCGCCAGUUCAGUUGACCUGGCCUUAUCGCCGCUGAUCGAUACAAUCACGUGUCUUAUCUCCAACCCUUGCCACACUAAGCACUUGCGGGAUGGUCGAUGGGUCUUGGGCUUAUCUGGCUUAUCAAGCGCAGCCAGUUACGUUGCAGCCAAAGAAUUUUACUCCAUCCUCUUAUCGUGGCCGAGAUAAUAAUCAUCACUCUCCCUCCCGCUUUCGCAUUGCAUUGCACUGUACUCACUUUACACUCAACAACCGGCACCAUGAUGGCAACUAACGGAUCAACGCAGCCUACCUGCCAAAAUUGCAGUACCUCUACAACGCCAUUAUGGCGUCGCGACGAAUUUGGCUCGGUUCUGUGCAAUGCCUGUGGCUUGUUCCUCAAGCUGCAUGGUAGACCCCGGCCAAUUUCGCUCAAGACAGACGUGAUCAAGAGUCGCAAUCGAGUCAAGACAAUGCGCCCUGACUUGGCGAAUAAGAAAAAGCAACAACAACAGCAGCAACAAGCAGCUGCGCAAGGAUUCCCUACGACCGAUGCAAAUGGAUUCGACACGACCGGACAGGCUGCUGCUGCCGCCGCACAUGCUGCUCAAGCCGCGCGACGAGCGUCCCAGAGAUCGAACGGCCAUGACGGAGCCGACUCACCAAUCUCCCGCACCGGUACUCCCUCUAUGUACGCGCAUGGCCUAUCCCAGUUCAUGGUCGACGACCCUUACCAGACCGGCUUUGUCGCAACAGGGGAAGGCCGCGCGUCAUCUCCCACGAAUGGGGAUCGCAAAAUGGACGCGCCACAGACGCAUGAGCAACUUAUUGCGCACAACUCAAGCCUGAAGACGCGGGUCAGCGAACUCGAAGUGAUCAUUGAGCUUUUCCGAGGCCGCCUCAGCCAACUCGAGCAACAAGAAGCUGUCGUUAGAAGCGGACAGCAGUUAAACCAAUUGCGCUCUCAACUGGAGCAAACACAGGAGAGCGAGGCUCAGCUGCGCCGGCAGCUUGAGGAUAGCCACCGGCGAGAGAGUAGCCUCAAGCGACGCCUAGAUGAACUUGAACUCGAGCUUCAAGCUUUCCAAGAAGCCAACUCGGCCCCUGGAGAGAGACCCGCCAAGAGACCACGUACCAUUGAAGAGCCCACAAAGACACAAGCAGAAGCAGAUAUUGAGGCGGCUGCUGAAGCAUUGCUGGCUUCGGAAGCCUCUAGACCGAGCGAGGCUGUCGAAUCUGCCCCUGUCGUGGAUGCUCCUGAGUCAACUGAGUUGCCACAACAUCCUGAGAGUUCAAAAGAAGGUUCUGUUCCCAAAACCGAGGAUGAGAUCGAGGCUGCGGACGUUCCGAUUGAUCCUAACAUGCCCGUAAUUGAUGAUUCCCAACCUGCGGCCGCAGAAGAAACAACGAAAACGGAGGAUGUUGAGAUCCCUGACGCACCUGAUGCAUCUGAAGCACCUGGCGCGCCUGAAGCAGCUGAGGCAGCUGAGGCAGCUGAUGCCGCUGCUACCGCCGACGCCUCUCCUGAGGCUACCGAGGGGACAGAAACUCCCGCGCCCGCUAAUGCAGCUACAUGAGAAGAGUGAUGUUGUAAGCGUCUCCGACUAGUAACGAAAUGAACUUGAUAUCUGCGUCAGUCGCUUAAACUGACACUUCAUUUGUCAUUGACCCAACGCUACUGUCAGAUUCAUUGCUCGGUGUCUUGGCAUCAAUUACGACUCAUCUUGAUUUAUACCCCCUGUGCGAGGCGUCCGUCGCCCUCGCUUUUCUUUCAUGAUAUACCUCCUAGCGGCAAGGGCAGCGAGGAUUCUAGGCGUUUUGGCCUCUUUGUUUCGAAGUGUAAGAGAUGAUUGAGGAGCAUACAAAUGUUUUAAUGGGACGAUGAAUGCGAAUGCGAAACUCGGUAUACGGAUACACGGUACGAGGAUUCAGUCUUGGGAGUGUGGGACUUCUCGGGUACAAGUGCAAGUGCAAGAGGAGACGGAGAAGAUGGUAGUUAUCAAAAGUUUGGCUGCUCUCGCAAUGGAAAAUAGACCCUGGCUUUGAUUCAUCACUUAUCUGAUAUGACAUCGAUAGCAUAGCUUGUGAAGCAUGGCGUAGAAUGCGAUGACCCCAAGCCGUUGAAUCCGUUAUCGUGGUAACUCGGGCGGCCUAUUUAUUCACCUGUAUCUAUGGUUU